AUGCUUGAAAAAAUCAAUCCAACUGAACUGAGUAAUCUUUCAAUUCCAUUAGGAAUAGCAUUCACUCCAUCCAAGCAAUUCAUUUCACCACAAUUCGAAUUCACUGUUACAAAAAUGGUGAAAAUUCGAAAAGAAAAUCAGCAUUAUCUUAAGUUUGAUCCAGAAAUGACAGUUGAGUACAUAUUAUUUGUUGGAACAACAACAGGAGAAAUCCUUACUUUCCUUAUUUACUCUAAAAAUUCGAAAUAUGAAAUCAAAUUAUUCACAAUCAUAGAUAUUUCGAAACAUAGAAUAAAUUCAAUCACGGAAUCAUACGAUUACAUAUGCAUACAAACGGUUACUUCUCUUUCUAAUGACGGAUCAAUUUCAAUAAUUUCAGUUUUAGAUCAGAUUGUAUUAGCUCACUAUCCAGCACAAUACGUAUUUAAUUCAUUUGGAUUGUGCUGCACAUAUAUUUCAGAGUUUUCUUACUUAGCAAUUGAAGAUUCAUAUCGAAUUGCAUAUAGUAAGAUAAAUAGUGAUCAAACAUUAGGAACACUAGGUCCAUUUGUCCCAGUCAUAACAAAUGUACAAGAUUCGCAUCCAUAUUUUGUUGUUUACCAGGAAAAAGGCAAUUUUUCGAUUUUAACAUAUAAUUCGAAUCAAUUAUCAAUGGUGUACUAUUACACAGCAAGCGGACAGAAUAAGAAAACGAUUGUAUCACCGGAAAUCUCGUUUUUUGCGAUUUAUGAUGCGAAAAAUUGGAAAAUUUCAGAUGGAUUUCAGAUUCUUUUCGAGAAAACAGAGGAAAACAAUGUAAUUGAUAUUUAUUGGGUAACAAACACCAUAUUCUGCGUACAUACAUCAAAAACAACUUAUAAAUUCAAAAUAAUUUCAAAUGAUAUUUAUAAAUUGUUUGAAACUGCGAAGUCUAACAGUAAAAUCCAACUCGAACUGAUCGUUGGAAACCGUGUAACUGACUUUCAUUACGAAUCUUCGAAAGAACCAACAAAAUUUUACAAAAAUAUCAAAAUUGAGAUGAUUUCGGAAUUGGACAUUGAAUACAAUGACUGUUGUUAUGAUAAUGACCUUGCUGUUUAUAUAAAUAAUGAUAAUUCAUUGAAAUUAUAUAUAAAUUCUGAAAAAGUCUCAGAAGAAUCUGUUUCUGGUCAUUUCAAAGGAAAUGUAUUGUCAUUGCAUAUGUGUGAAGACGAUAUUGUCACAAUUGACGAUAAAUUUAAUAUAAUGAAAAAUGAUCAAAAGAUAACGAACAUCCAAGAUAGCUAUCGUAUUAUAACCGACAUAAAUAUGAUGUUGGUCUUUACGAACUCCAACAAAAUCAUUAAUAUUACUGAUAAUUUGGUUUAUCUACCAUUUACAGAGAAAAUCAGAUGGGUAAUCAAACCUAAUGAUGAUAAAUUCUUUGCUUUCGUUACUUCGAAGUCGUUUUGUCUCUUUGAUCAAGAUCAAAUUAUUGGAUCUCAAUCUUUCAGCGUCGAAAUCAUUGACGCGUUCUUUAUUGAGGAUUUCCUGAUAAUUACGCUCAUAAAUGGCGACUGUUUGGCCAUAAAUAGGGACUGUGAAAUUGUUUCGAAACAAUAUAACUAUAAAGAACUGAAAAGAUCCAAAAUAAGGAACGGAAUGAGAUUUAUUGAGUUCCCAGGAUUAUCAACAGUUGCAACAAUCAUGGAUUCGAAGACUUUUGAUGCAAAAUUUUACAAAAAAUAUGAAAAAUUUUUAGUUUUAUAUGGAGCAAAGUGCAAAAUCACCAUUCCUAUGCUUGAGAACUUCGAUAUCUACAACUUUACUCCACUUGUAUCUACACAACAUUAUGUUUUGUCUCUUAUUAAUAAGCAAGAAUUCAAAACUACUCCUUCUCUUUUCUAUCUUGCAGUAUUUGCUAGUACUGCUGACAAGAAAGUCAGUAACAUAAUAUUCUCCUCACUUCCAACCAUUUUCCAGCACUUAGAACCCGAAUUUGUUUUUGAUCAAAUAGAAAACAUCAGGAAAACAUAUUGCAACCAGGACACACUGAUCACAUUCUUUUUCAACUUCAUAUAUGUAUUCCCCAAAUCAGUGAAACUCGUUCCAGAUAUCUAUAAAGAGUUGAUUUACAAAAAUUGUCUUUCAGAUUUACAAAAACUAUCCAAGAUUUCCAUUUGUUUCGAUCACAUCGACUCUAUUAUUAACACGCACGAGUUCCUUGUCGCUGUACAAAACGCUUUUCAUGAAAAAUCUUUUCCAUUUAUGAAAAUUGUGAGAGAUCACUAUGUAAAGAUGUGUUUUAAGCUGAAAGAUGGUGUUAAAUGCUUGUUUUCGUUCAUAAAGUUCCUCGAAAACGAUGACAGCCACUUGAUUGUUGAAGUUUUGUUUUCAAUUUGUUCGCAAAAAGAGAAAAACUACAAAGAAGUCAUCAAAACAUUGUCAGACCAGUUUCCUUUCAUGUGUUUCUACAAUGAUUCUGUAUUCAUUGCAGAGAAAAAUGGAAAAAUCACACAGAUAUUGAUAACUCCAGCGAAAAGGAUUUAUUUGGAAACAAAUUUUGUCACAAACAUGAUUUCUAUCAACAGCCAGGGAUCAUGGCUUCUUGUUGCAAAUCCAAGCGCUGCGAUGUUCAUUCCUCUGCAGGAACCAAUGAAAACUUCAAUCGGAAUAUCUCAGUUUGAGAUUUCUGGAAACGAAGAAAUUCCUUUCUCUGCUUCUUGGGACAAAGACUCAGUGAAAGUCUUGUCUUCAAGAGGCAAAAUUACUUCUCUUUCUAUUCCUAAAUAG